CCCGGGCUCGCGGAUGAGAGGCUCGCGCGAGAGGCGGCGCAUGCGCGCUCACGCUUUGUGCCAUAUUGGAAUGAGGUCGUGAACGACUAGGCGGAAAAAGACACGGCAUCUAAAACCGACUUGAAAAACUCCUCACUGAAACGGUUUGAUUGUCCUCCGGGGGCUUCAGACAUGAGCCUUGAGGCGCUGGAGUCUGAUGCAGACUCUGGUCAGGAUGUGUCAGAGUUUAACUGGGAUGACUACCUGGAGGAAACUGGGUCGCUUUCUGUUCCUCAUCAUGCGUUUAAACAUGUGGACCAAGGCCUAGAGACCGGACUGACUCCUGGUAUGAAGCUGGAGGUCUGUGUGCGUACUGAAUCAGAAACAGCGUACUGGGUGGCCACAAUAAUCACCACCUGUGGACAGCUGCUGUUGCUACGAUAUGAGGGUUACCAAGAUGAUCGGCGUGCUGACUUUUGGUGUGACAUCAUGACCGCUGACUUGCAUCCGAUCGGAUGGAGCAAGCAGCAGGGUCGACCAAUGAGGCCUCCAGAGGGUGUUCGUGAGAAGCACCAGGACUGGGAAACGCUGCUGGAGAAAGCUCUGGCUGAAUCCUGCAGUGUUCCUGCUAGUCUACUGGAAGGGGCUCAGCGUGGCUGUAAUCCUAUAGAUCUGUUAAGUCCGGGUCUAAACGUUGAGCUAGUGGACCGUCAAGAUAUUGGGGUGGUCUGGUCUGCAGUUAUUGAGGAGAACGUAGGGGGCCGCUUGCGACUUCGAUAUGCCGGCACAGACGGGCUCCCUGACACCCAAUCCAUCAUAUGGGUCUUCUACCUGGACCCCCUGCUUCAUCUGCCAGGCUGGGCUCAGGAGCACAGCUGCACCCUUAGACCACCAGCAGCUCUGCUCCCCCUGCGCACUGAAGCUGAAUGGGAGGAAGUUAAGAAGACUGUUUCCUCUCAGGUGCAGGACUCCAGCAUCAGCGAGGAGUUUUACAGGGACAGAUCAGACAUCAAUCCACACUCCUUUACUGAAGGGAUGAAGCUGGAAGCUGUGGACCCAGCAGCUCCUUUCACCAUCAGUCCGGCCACUGUGGCGAAGGUGUUUAAUGACCAGUUUUUUCUGGUGCAAAUGGAUGAUAUGAGAGAUGAGGCACAGAAAGAGGGAUGCAGACGCUCUUUCCUGUGUCACAGAGACAGUCCAGGAGUCUUCCCUACACAGUGGAGUCUCAAGAAUGGAGUCAAGCUCAGCCCUCCUCCAGGGUUCCAAGGUCAGGACUUUGACUGGGCGGACUAUCUGAAGCAGUGUGAAGCUGAAGCAGCCCCUCAGCAAUGCUUUCCUCCAGACCCUUUUGAUCAGUGCAUAAAAGAGUCCAUGAUGCUGGAGGCUGUCAACCCACUCUGCCCUGGAAACAUUCAUGUAGCAACUGUUGUCAAGGUCAAAGGUCAACACAUGUGGAUUCGCUUGGAAGGUCUGAAGCAAGCCAUCCCAGAAAUCAUAGUUCACAGAGACUCCAUGGAUAUUUUUCCAGUGAGCUGGUGUGAGACCAAUGGCUGUCCUCUCCAUCACCCCUGCAAGCCCAGAGUGGAGAAACAGAGAAAGGUUGCAGUUGUUCAGCCAGAGAAACACCGGGUACCAUCCAAAGACUCCUCACCUGAUACUACCAAACAACAGACUAACAGCAGUCAGGCUGAGAUCGCAGGCCAGGCGAAUGGGAAAUACAGUUGCCCUAAGAUCUAUUUUAACCAUCGCUGCUUCUCAGGGCCCUACCUCAAUAAGGGCCGUAUUGCAGAGCUGCCGCAGUGUGUGGGACCUGGGAACUGUGUCCUGGUGCUGAAGGAGGUGCUGACGCUGCUGAUAAAUUCUGCCUAUAAGCCCAGUCGUGUGCUGAGAGAGCUGCAGUUGGACCAGGAGGGCCGCUGGCAGGGCCACGGAGAGACACUUAAAGCCAAGUACAAAGGGAAGAGCUAUAGAGCGACAGUAGAGAUUGUUCGCACUGCAGACCAGGUGGCUGAUUUCUGUCGGAAAACCUGCAUUAAGCUGGAGUGCUGUCCCAACCUGUUCGGCCCGAGAAUGGUUCUGGAGCGCUGCUCAGAAAACUGCUCUGUGCUCACCAAAACCAAAUACACAUAUUACUAUGGGAAGAAGAAGUGCAGGCGUGUAGGCCGACCUCCUGGUGGACACUCUAACUUAGAGGGAGGUGUGAAGAGACGAGGCAGGAAGAGGAAGAGGAGGAAGCAGCUCUUCGUCCACAAAAAGAGACGUUCAUCUGCCUCCGUCGACAACACUCCAGCAGGUUCCCCUCAGGGCAGUGGUGAUGAAGAAGAUCUGGAUGAGGAUGACUCUCUAAGUGAAGACACAGGCUCUGAACUGCAAGACGAGCUAAUGGAUGACUCUGAAUAUUCAGAGAAGAAGUCACAGCCCCCACCCACCCCCUCCCCCUCCCCUCCAGAAACCCCCCGUCCCAUGCGCAGACGGCGCAAAGCUCGCUCACCGUCCUGCUCAGAUGAUGAGAACAGACCUCCUUCACCCAAGAGUCCACGUACUGAAGUUCCUCCGAAGCUGUGUUUGGACAGCAGUCCACUGGAAUGGAGUGUCACAGAUGUUGUGCGUUUCAUCAGGACCACUGAUUGUGCUCCACUGGCACGCAUCUUCAAGGAUCAAGAAAUUGACGGUCAAGCGCUGCUUCUGUUGAACCUUCCCACUGUCCAGGAGUGUAUGGACCUGAAGCUCGGCCCUGCCAUCAAGCUGUGCCAUCACAUCGAGCAGGUCAAACUAGCAUUUUACCAACAGUUUUCCAGCUGAGGGUGACAUCCUGAAGAGUAGGGCAUCUGACAUUUUGGGAGACUUUCCUAAUGUCUGUGAUCUUCCUUUUGCUCUAUGGAUCAUAGAACCUUUAAAAUCACUUAGCGCUUUAGACACCUCCCGUACAAUAGAGAUACUACUGGAGGGGUGUUUUUCAACAGGGUGAAUCUGGUACUUGUACGGCUGGGCUCUCCAUCUCAAAUUAAGCCUGGACUACUGUUAAGUUUGUGCUCUUUUUUUUUUUUUUUUUUUUUUUUUUUUUGUAAGAUUAGUUCAGCUCAGGUUACAGUUAGACCCAAGUCAGAGGAACUAGUCCAUUCAUGUCAGCAACAAUAAGCAAAGUUCUUGUUUCUGAAACCUUUAUUAACUGUAGAGCGGAUGACAAUGCAAUUACCUUAAGCACAAAAAACAAUUGCCCAUGUACUGUAAGUGGUAUGCAAACAUGUACAUACAGGAGUGUGAAUGUAAAUACUGUAAAUACUCUGUUUUCUAUAAAAGCUUGGGAAUUACACUGUAACACAACAGUGCAAAAGAUGAGGUUUCUGUAAAUACUAAUAAUCAUUUGCUCAUUCUAACGAUGCAUUAUUAAAUAAAAGUGCAUAGUAAUAACAAAAAUGAUGAGGUGUUAUGGUUAAGACAUAAGCACACAAAGAAUUCAGGUUGUCACUGACUGUGAUAGGGAUAAUAUUCAUAGUGGCAAAUCCAGGGUUUAUCAACACCAAACUAAAGAGUCUUGUACUCUUACAAACAUAAUAUUUUAAUAUUAAGUAGAAUGCAGCAUCUGUGUUCAAAUACAUAUACUGCAUUAAAUAAUUUCAGGAGCCUAAAUGGCCUAAUAACUAGUUUGGUCUUGCAUUGUAAAACUAUGCCCCCACUCAACCAGAUAGCAUCAUUUGAUUUGUUAUCUAUUGAUUGUAUUUGAAUUGAUAAUGAGAUAUGCAACAGUCUCCCUUUUCUUGAUUUAACAGUCCAUGUCCCUUGAUCCUUCUUCUUUAAGCAUUUUGUGCUGGAAUGGUGAAAGAUGCAUUUGAAACCUCGUCUUGACAUUAUUCUGUUUUAUUCAUUUCCUUGUUUUCAUCCAUUUGAUUAAAGGUUGUUAAAAUAAUAUUGGUUUACUUUUAAUUAUAUGUUGGUGGAAAAUGUUAUUUAAAAGAAAAUAAAUGGAACAGAAUCUU